AUGGAGGGUGAUAAUUUCGAAGUGUUGUUGCUUGUGUUGAAAGUUCAACGGCAGGGCGUAGAAGUAUCUGGCGAUAGGCCAUUAAAUUUAGUAACAGCUAGCAACAUUGCAACCUUCUCCAGUCAUUGCAAAAGAUUUUCGAAAGAAUCAGUAGUUCCGAGCACACAAGUUAUAGAGAAUGCAAUCGCUAAGCCGAAUUCCGUCAACUCAUCUGCUAGUUGUCAAAAUUUAGCAUUAAACACAUCGAAGUUUGCAAUUUCCGUAUUACCGGACACACAAUUUUUAGAUACAAGUUUGAAAAACAAAAAUGACAGCGAAAGAAACAAUGAGACUGAUGACGAUGAUAGUGUUGAUAUGCCAUUAGGUGAUGCAUCAUUGCUGAACGACCUUUCUAUAUUCGAGUACUUCGAACCGUACCAGCAUAUAUCUAUUUUAGAAGAGGAAAUUGUUGAUGUGGCCAAUGAAACCGAAAUUGAGGAAGAAAAACGAAUGCUAAGAAAGCGACCGUAUACAACAACAAGGCUGUCCAGAUCACCAUUACUAGAAAAUGGGUAUAGGGCGGAUGAUGUAUACAAUAACACGGAUGUUCUCAUUAAUAUGGUGGCCACAGAUGAUUUGGAAAAGGAAAAUUUCACCCGUAAAAAAAAUGCAGAAAGUGAAAUUGUGAAAAAUAAAAAUCUUAAAACAAGGGGCUUGCGAUAUAAAUGUACAAACGGUAGUACAAGCGCCGCUCGAAGCAUUAGAGAGAGAGCUGCCGCUGUUCAAAGCUUAAAUGCUACCAAAAAUACAGCGACAAGCUUAGAGAACAAUUGGCAUUCGCACAUGGAGGUAGAUUCCAUUCAUGCGGCCAUCGAGCGAUCAAAAAAGCGAAGCACUAUCGAUAUUGAAACUCCUAGAGACUGGGCGCUAUUCAUUAGUCAGGUACGACGUAAAAUCCCCAUAAAUGUAGUUGAACUAGACCAAACAAAAUUUUUGGCGUUGAAAAACCUUAACAUACGAUUCAACCGUCCUAAAUAUAAUACGGACGGUCCGGUCAUAAAAUUGCGGGACAUUAUAUGUGGUGUGCAUGGCGAUAUUGAAAAUCUCGGCGAUGCACUUAUUCAAAAUCACGAUGUCGAUUCCACAACUUCUUCUAAAUUGAAGUUCGAAGAUCUGGAUGAGGAUUGCAGAGAAGUUUGCGUCGGGAGCAACACUAUCAUGAACGAAUUCGACAUAACGGAUUAUUUUGAGAAAUUCAGAAACGAAAGUCUUUUGAGUGAUGAUGCCGAAUAUUUACCCGAUACAGAUAAAUGCAACAACGCCGGUCCAUCUGGAAAAUUACCAGGAGAUUUCGGUUUUCAAGAAAUGAUCGAGCCCGAAGCAGCGAGAAUAAAAGAAAAAUGUCGUCGAAUCAUUAAUCAUACUGCAAAAACGAAGGGACAAAGCUACAUCCGUGAUAACGGUACUGUAGUACCCGUAAGAGCUGUAAAGCCAGCAUGUAAUUGCACAAAACUUAAGUGUAAGGAGAAGUAUAGCGAGGAUGUGCGACGCCAGUUGUUACAGAAUAUGUUGGAACUUACAGCUUCUGGUCAGAAUCAGUUCCUCAGCAAUCAUAUGGCACUACGGACAACUGCCCGGCCAACGGUGCUUAAUUCAAGGAGAUUUUUCACGCGUUCCUACUACCUUCCUGCGGUGAACGAUCAUGAAACGAAGAAUGUAGUUCUGGCCCCACUCGCCACUGAGCCUCUUCCCCUAUCGAACGAGAAAAUGGAAAAUUUAAAAAGUACCAAAGUUGUACCUACCAGUCUAACCUAA